CACAAAUAUGUUCCUUUAUUUUCUCCUUAUGUACCAGGGCAUGGGAUUAAAUUUAAGUUUUCUCAAUGACACAGAGCAACAUUAGACCAAUGUAAUGAUGAAUGUGGAACAGUAAUCAUAUAUUAAAAGAUUAGAUGAUUUAGGCAAAAUUUUGUAAGUGAUUGUUUCUGAAUUAUUUAGGUCUGUGAAGUUCACAGGGGAAGACGAAUCAAGCUAAUUUUGCUCACCCUAUUAUUAAGGAGUAACAAUUCAUCAGGCACCUUCAGGAUUUGUAUCAUUAGUCCACGAAUUUUCAAAGAAAGGUAUUGAUGAAUUGGGUGAGGAGGACUUGUAUCGUGGAUAUAAUGAGAAAUUAUCCUCAUAUGCUGUGAGUUCAGAUGGAAUUAGUAUAUUAUCUUCAAAAGGGAAAGUUUAUUUCAUUGACACAAAUUCAAGGGAAAUGUCUUUCUUCAAUUAUACUCUGCCAUUGUUAAAUGAGCAAUAACAGUCAACUCAUUUGGUGUAUGAUGAAAGAUCAAGAUAUUUCUAUGCCUUUUUGAACGAUAACACUUAAGUUUUAAAGUACUAAUUUCUUAACGAUGAAAUACAACAUAAACCAGUGGCAGGAUGGUAGAUACCAACUGAUAAGAUGAGGGUUGUGGCUAGUAAUGGAUGGCUAUACUCAGCCCAAGAGUCAUAAGGUCUAUUUAUUUAUGCAAUCUAAUAGCAUGGUUUGAAGUUUAUAAAAUCUAUUACUUCUAUGGAUCUGUAUGACUCUUAACAAAAUUUGUUCAGGAUUAUAGAUGUUGCAGUUUAUGAAGAUAAAUUGUAUAUUUUAGAUCAUUACAAUGGAAUUACACAAUUUAUUAUUCAUUUUGAUGGUACAUUUACAAAAAAUGACAAGCUGGGAUUGAUUAAGUAUUCAGAUUGCAAAUCAUUUUCAGUUAGAGGAUCAACAAUUAUAUUGAUAUAAAGUUAUCAAUCAAACUCUGAGAUUGUUGAACUAUUUAUCAAAGAUGAUGAAUAUUUGGAAAUGAGAAAGAUAUACACAAAAAGUCAAUUGAGAAGAGCAGAUAUUAUAGAUGAUGAUUUUGCUAUUAUUCGUGGUCUUCAUGAUCAUAAAAUCAUGCUAAUUUAAAUGCCUGAAUAAUACCUUGAUCAGGAUGCAAAACGAUUGUAAAUUUAAUUAUUCAUAUCUUUCCAGAGACAAUUAUUUCUUUAGUGGAAAUCUCUUGGGUGUGAAUAAAUUAGGUAAAAGCAAUGAGACCCUCUUUGCCAUAUCCCCUCAUGGAUUCUACGUUUUCAAUUACAGAGCAUAUCCCGCUAUAAUCAUUUGCAACAGUAAUGAUGUUGAAUCUGGAUUAUACCAAGCGAAUGUAAUUAAAUUGUUUAUUUUAUCAAGAUGUAAAUCAAGAGUACUGAUUGCGAUAAGAAAACAGACAAGUAAAAUCAUCUCCAAUAUUGUAUCACUAAUCAUCUCUACAAUUUCGAAAUCAAGAAACCCUUACUUUCACCAGAGCAAUAGUAAAUUACUAUAUAUCUAACUAUUAUCUUGAUCUCUAUUAUCCUCUUGUUGGUCGGAUGCAUAUUGUUUCACUGCAGAAGCUAUCAAAUUAAAUUAGAAAACCUAGAGAGAUCAAAAAGAAGAAAACACUCUAAGCCUCCUAUUAAAAUAGAAGCAUGAAGUUAUAAAC